AUGCCGUGCACAAAAAAAAUCCCCAAAAUUUCUCGCGAAAAUAUAAAGAAGAGAAUUGAGCAAGGAGAGUCUUUUAGUAAAAUCAUGAUUGCAACUGGUGUAAGCAAGGCCACAAUCUCUCGCAUCAAGAAAACAAUGCCCAACUCACCAGCCAACAACAAGCCUGGCCGCAAGCGAGUCGUCAGUCCAGCUACAGAAAGCGCAAUGGUCAACAAAAUUCUAUCGGGUAAAAUUCAAACUACUAAAGAUCUAGCUAUGGCCACAAAACUCGAAAAUGGCAAAAAUCCCAGUCCCACAACAACCAGACGAAUCCUCAAAAGACAUAAUAUUACAAUGACUCCAGGAAGUGGGCUGGUGGUGAAACCAGACACUUAUGAAUUGGAUUCAAGUGCUACCGAAUACAGCGGCAAUGACGACGAGGAGUCAAGCGAAUGUAGUUCUAGCACCAGCGUCGAAGAUGUCAAAAUAGACUCUCCAUUGUUAAAAGGAAUAAAUGUUGAAUUAAAAAUGGUUUAA